AUGUAAAUGCCACAAACCCGGCUUCUACUUCAUCUGAUGAAUGCAACUCAUAUAUUAGUGAAUCAUUAAUUAAAAGUGGACCUUACUACUAUGUAAAUUUCUCAAUUCCACCUGCAUAUGGAUACAAACUUGUUUUGGCUUACAAUAAUGCCACACAAUAUUCACUAUUUGGAUAUGAUAUAUAUGGAAAUCGUGGAGAACAGAUAAUCAGCUUUGCUAUUAGAUUUUUGGAUCAAAAUACUAAUCCAAGUUUAUUUUUGGAAGUUUCUGAUUCGGAAAAUAUUUACUCUAAAGAGACUAUUUCUUCGACAUUUUUACAAUCAAUUUCAAUGACUAACACUUAUCAAAUAUUACCUAGUGAAAGUACUAGUAUCUUUUUAGAACGAUAUGUCAAAAAAUUUAUAAUACCAGGCUGGAAAGCCACUAUGGGGUUCCAGCCAGAUUAUGAAAUAAUAUCUUACUUAAAUUCUAGAAAAAGUUCAAGAAGAACGCAAACAAAUCAAAAUGGAUCGGACUUUUUUACUCUUGGUAUUUUGGCAGACUAUGAUACAAUUAUCAUCGAAACAGAACAAAGGACGCAUACAAUUUUAAGUUCUCUUGGUUUACUUGGUGGUGUAUGGUCCAUUGCUACAAUUGCUUAUAAAUUACUUUUUGGUGAUGACUCGAUUCAGCCUUUUGGAUUAAUUCAAAAAUUUGGUCAUUUUAAUAAACUAAAUCAAAAAAAAUUAACAGAACAUUUAUCCACAAUUCCUUUAGUUCAAGGCUCAUUCAAUAAUAUUGAUGGUGAAAAUCGCGUUGUACGAUUAGACAAAAAAAUUAAUAAUUUAGAAUUAUUUUUAAGAGAUUAUGUAGUUGAAGUACAACAAUUGGAUAAGAUCUAUAAAAAUAUUGAAAAAUAA